CGGGGAGGGGGGGUAGGAAGGGUUGCCAGGGGGAACCCAGGCAAAGCCAAGACGAAGCUCCACCAAAAGCAAGGAGCAGAAAUGAAAGUUUCGAAAUAACAUCCAAACAACUGCAAAGGACCGGACCGAACAGAGCUCUCCGCAUCGCAUCAGCCCUCGAUGGUGCAUUCGAGGGGCUGCGGCAGGGAUGUGAACGUUCCCAGCCCGCUGAAUGGAGAGGGGUAGAGACACAGAAAAUCCUUGUUAUUUAUUUAUUUAUUGGAAGCGAUGUAUGGGUGACACCCAGAAGGCAUCUGAGCCCUGAAGGAAAAAAAAAAAACCAACAAAACAAAACAAACCACCUCUGGACCUAAAGGAGAACAAGAAUGAGACAGCAGCCUUGACCCCUACACUGGGAGGAAGGUGAGCAGAAAGAAAGAAGGAAAAUACAGAAAAGCCAUGCAAGCACCAAACCUGUAGAUUACUGCAGCUCUUUUUUGCUUCACCAAGGACAGAUAUUUUACUGACAGCCAUGCAGCAUAAAGGCAUCAUGCUGAUUGUGUUCUUGGAAUAUUUUAUUUCUGGCCAUGGGGAAGCAGAUCCCAUGAGGCUACGAGCCUUUCGCUGUAAUGGUCAUUCUUGCAACCCUCCAGUGGGAAACCUCGCGACAGGGAGGACACCCGCCACUCUCACCACAUGUGGCCAGAACAGUACGGAACUGUACUGCUUCUAUCCAGACCAGAAUCUCCUCCAUCAGGUCUCCCAUGGCUGUGGGCAGCCUCGCUGCACCAAAUGCAAUGCCAACCAGCCUGAUAACUCCCAUCUCCCUGCUGAUAUGACAGACGAUUUCUUUGCAAACCCCAUCUCCUGGUGGCAGUCUGCCCAAGGGGUACACAGGGAAGAAAUCAGACUGGAUUUUGAAACAGAAUUCUACCUGACCCAUGUCAUUGCUGUGUUCAAGUCACCUCGUCCAGCUGCGAUGGUGUUGGAAAGAUCCCAGGACUAUGGGCAGACUUGGAGACCCUACAAGUAUUUCUCUGUCAACUGUACAGCUACUUUUGGGCUUCAGGAUGAUCUCAUUGAGGAGGGCUCCAUGUGCACUUCCAGGUAUUCAGAUGCAGUGCCAUGCACCAGAGGAGAGGUGAUUUAUCGUGCCUUAAGUCCAGCUAACAAGAUCGAAGAUCCCUAUAGUCCUGAGGCUCAAGAUCUCCUAAAACUCACCAACCUCCGCCUUCUUUUGUUAAAAAGACAGGACUGUCCAUGCCAUGGUUCAGGAUUGAUAGAGAAACCUCAGCGAUUCGCCCACUAUGCUAUUUAUGACCUGAUCAUCCGGGGAAGCUGCUUUUGCAAUGGGCAUGCAGAGGAAUGUGAGCUUGCCAACAGGACAGCAGUCGUGGAGAAUCUGGUCCAUGGGAAGUGCAUCUGCAGACACAACACAGCAGGGGACCACUGUGAGAAAUGUGCACCGCUUUACAAUGAUCAACCUUGGAAACCAGGAGAUGGAAAAACAGGGGCACCAAAUGAAUGUAGAAAGUGCCGCUGUCACAACCAUGCUGACAGCUGCCAUUUUGAUCUGAGCGUUUGGCUGGCGUCAGGGAAGCGCAGUGGUGGGGUGUGUGACAACUGCAAGCACAACACAGAGGGACACCGGUGUCAAAGGUGCAAACCGGGCUAUUACCGAGAUAGAGGGAAACCCAUGUCUUCUAUAGAGGUCUGCAAACCUUGUGCCUGCCAGCCAAUGGGCUCAGCCAACACGACCUUCAGCAGAAGCUGGCGAUGCCACCCCAAGACGGGAUUCUGCUACUGCAAGCCUGGUGUGGCGGGCCCUAACUGUGAUCGAUGUCUCAUGGGCUACUGGGGCUUUGGAGAAAACGGCUGUCAACCCUGUGACUGUGCCAGAGACUGCGACCAGCACACUGGAAACUGUUUCAAUGGCUAUGAUGAGCCAUUCUUUAACAUCCCCAUUGGGGGACAAAUCCCUGACCUUGCACAAACACCAACCAACGAGAGCGAAGAGGAGUGGAAAUGGAAUGACCAUGAGCAGGGAUUUUCUGCACUGAGGCACCCAGAGAAGUGUGUGUGCAAAGAAAAAGUGCUUGGAAGUGUCACUGACUUCUGCCAAAUGAAAUAUGCUUAUGUGAUAAAAGCAAGAAUCCUAUCAGCUCAUGACAAAGGGACCCAUGCAGAAGUUGUUGUGAAAGUGAAGAAGGUCCUGAAAUCAGGCAAAGUGAAAAUUGCUCGGAGCAACAGAAGCAUUUAUCCAGAAUCCUGGACCAACAGGGGAUGUACAUGUCCCAUUCUCAAUCCUGGUACUGACUAUCUUAUAGCAGGCCAGGAGGACUCUAGGACCAGCAAACUCCUGGUGAACAUGAACAGCCUGGUGAAACCCUGGAAAGCACAUUUGGGAAAACAAGUAUCAGAUAUUCUUCGAACUGGGUGCAAGUAAUUUCUGCUUCAGAAGUCACAGGACUGAACUUUUCCUUUUAGUAACACUGCAGUGAAAGGUGUAGUUAGUUCAUGAGUUUGCAUUCAACAUGCUCCUAGCUGAAGUGAUGAAAGCAGACUUACCACCUUUCUCCUUUUACAUGCUUAGACAGGAAACUUGGGAUGUGACUACUUUUUCUUUAUUUAAAAAGCAAAGUCCUACCAUACAAAAUUAACUAGUGCAUCAUACAUAGGUUACAAGUCAGUUCUUAAUUUGAUUCCAUACACCCAGAGAAUCGUUUUACAAGGCAAAACUAAAGAUAUGUAUUAGUGUUCCCACACAUCAGGUCAGAGCCUGGUAUUACUAUGUACAAGCUGCUUACAUAAUGCAUUCAUUAUUUGGGUGUAGUUUUCUUUACAAGUGACCACUUAUAGUGACUACAGGCAGCAACGUCAGCUUUACAAGUGGCAUAAUGCAAUAAUAAUAAGCAUGUCAAAUUAUACUUAUUUAAAAGAGCUCAGAUUGAUUUAACAUCAGACUGCAAUUAUGUCAAUAUAACAGACUGCUUUCCAGAAGGCAAUAAUAUCCCACUGCUGAACAGAAACAAACUAACAUGUGACUUCUCUUGGGACAAAGUCCUUUAUAGAUGUACAUUGCUAUCGAUGCUUAGUGCAACAGGCUGCUACAGAAGCCACCUUGGCUCACACUUGAUUCCAAAUCCAAGCAUUGCUCUCUAAGGUAAUUUUGCUCUUUGCUGUAGUACUUUAGUCUGUAACACCUGUGUAACUAGAGGUUUCACAGCAACUACCACAGAAAAGCCUUAAUACUAGGAAAAGAGCCAAAACACGAGGAACUCGCAGCUGCUCUAAUGUUGAGAUUUAAUACUCAAAAGCUACGAGGCAGAAGCAGCAGGUAAAUGGAUUGGCUGGACUGUAUAUCAAAUGAGGUGGCUAUAGUUCCUGUGAUAGCAACCUGGCUAGUCCAACUGUGCUGAAGACUACUGGCAUUUGAUUGCACUAAGUGCUUUCAUUCUGCUUUGUUUCUAUUGGUCACACUUCAAGCUAAGGUACUGAAGCUGGGCUUCCUUCCCAUCAUGCCCAAGGAUUAUUUUUCCCUCCACAGAAGUAAAGGAGUGGUAACAUCUGCACUCUAGGUAAAAAAUAGUUCUGUUCUGUAAAAGCAUUCUUUCUAAAUCUAUUUUACCCUACCCUACACUAAUUAAGAAGUAGCUACUUAAAUCAUUCCCUAAUACAAUAUUUUGAGGAAGUUGUAGUUUAAAUCUUUGUCCCCUGUCUAAGAACUCAUCAAAUCAAGCUGGUUGGAGCACAUUCCCUCUUCAAAUAAAGCAGAAGUUAUGAUGAGUCAGUCUAUUCUUUCAGGGCCUUAGAGAAAAAGCAUGCACACAUGCUAGUUUUGGUUAUUGCUGUUCCACGUCUAUAUAUUUUUUUAAUGCUCUCAGGAAAGAGGAGGUAUCACCAUUUAGCACUGACUGGCACAUGGAGUAUCUAGAAAAACAUAAUACUAAAGCAGAAUGAUGGAAGUCCCAAUCCACAACUUAGGCCAUCAUUUUGUUCUGUUGUCACCAGGAAUCUGAAAAAAAAACGGUCACUUUCACUCCAUUGAUGAACAGCAAAAAAAUCCCCAGCUCCCUUGGAAAGGAACCUUGGAAAUGAACACAAUGAACACAAACUCAUGAUGGGAUGACAAGCUGAUAUUUACAAAAUGAAAGCCCCCCUUUCCCCCCCCCCCCAACAGUGUUUCUCCCCCCCCCCUUCAGGAAAUCUCUCCAUUACUUUCCCUCUUCCACUUCUUUAUUUAUUUGUUGUUACCUAAAGUGGUAUCCAACAAUGUGGCAUCUCCAACAAGCCAUUUAAUUAAUGCAAUCCAACACUUCUUAACCAAGGAAUUUGGCUUAAUUUAAAAUGUCAGUUUACAGAAAUUAAAAGCAUAGCAACUGUUUUCUUUACCAUCUCCAGAAAAUGUCUCACAACAAAAAGAUUAUUUCUCUUUUAAACACUGAUAAAAAUAAAGAUGUGUACAUGAAUUUACAGUCUGUUCUUAAAAGGCCUCGCAGAAAAAAUGAGAAUCAAGUAUAGUUUAGAAUUAAGCUAAGGAACAUGCUUUUCAGAGGCCAUUUUACCUUCAGAUCUCACGUAAUGAUGGUCAAGUAUUGCAAGUAUUUGGCUUAUAGUCAGUACCAUAUUAAAGCAAACUCCCAUCUUUCACUUUUUUUUGGUCUUAGAUUGGUGAUUUUGUGGGGAAGCUAAAUAUAUGCAGAGUUACUUUCUAUGGAUUAAAGUUAUUUUUUAAUGUGGUCAUUUACAAGCAUUUCUAGCUGCUGCUAGUAGAAAUACUAUUGGGAACAAGAAGAUCAAUACCCUGUUGUGUUCUCUUAGGGCCUAUUGUAAUACAGUGAUUAAUGACUACCAAAUGUAAGCACUGUAGUGUGCAAACAAGACAGUCAUCAAUAUAUCACACAUUUCAGAGAUCUCAACAGUAGCUGAUAAAUACAUACCUAUAGAAAAAUGUAAAGUGAUGGGGAACCCCAAAAUAUUCAACUGAUUUCUUCUCAUUUUCCAUUCUUUUUGAAACUCUAAUUUACUUGUUGGUACCUGUAUAAGUAAGUAUACUUCAUUCCCUCCAUUAGUUAGGAACGUUGUACAUUUUAUUCCAAUAACCAAAUCAUUUUUAAUGGUUUACUGUACAGAGCAGCAGGUACUCCACACAAGCAUGGAAUUUAAUUGGAAAGUGAAAAAUGAAAGCCCAUCGGGGUGUGUCAACACUGCAAGAUGUCUUAUUGGUGUCACUACUUCUGCUCAUCAGAUAUCUCUGAGAUCACAGAGAAGAAAAAUAAAAGAAUAAAGUUCUGCUCACACAUAGGUACCAUGUGCAAUCUCUUUUUUCUACAGUGCUACAAUCCAGAUACUGUCUGAAAAUAAGUAUCUAAAUAGACAUGAUCUGCAUAGAUCAACUUAGAACAGAUAUUGAUCAAAGAAGAAAUUAAAAGGUUUAAAUUGAUCCCCAUGAGACUUUGGAAAGGAAAAAGGUCACUUCAGGUAUCAGUACACAAGAAAAUAAAGAUGAGCAUGAGACAGAACAAGAUGACAACUGCCUUCUUAAUAGAAGCUGUUACAUAUUCCUUGGAACAAGUAGACAAGGUCAUCCACAGUAAAUUAAAAGAACUAUCAUAGAAGGUAUGGUAUUCCUGCACCAAGAGACUUGGUUUAGGCCUGUGUACAAUAUCACACACCUUGUGAUCCUCUCUGUGCCUAUGUGUUUCAGCUGGCACAGUAAUAUCAAGAAUACUAACACAGAAAAAAAAAAUGCAUUUGCCCAAUACAGAAGUGGCUGAACAGCUUCUUUUAGUAAGUCUGAAAUAAGAUCAAUCUUUAAAAUGGCCACAGUCCUACAGCACCAAAAUAGGCACGGUGUAGCAACCACAUACCAAACAGUAGCAAUGACAUAUCACUUGAAAAUCCUGUGUAAAGAUGAAAUUAAAGCCUUUACCCAUCAGAAAUGAAGUCUAGAAAGCUGUGGAAAAUUGAUAAUAGGGAAGUUGAUAGUUUGAAACAGAAGGACACAUAGCAGCAAACUCAGAAUUACUGGAGGGUCAAGUUGCUCUCCAACAGCUGUGCAGCACCUGCAUCCAUGAAUACAUGAUCACUCUGGCAAUAUGUACAUUCGAAGCAUUGAAGUAGUUCAUUAAAUGGCAACUGAGAGUGCUGAGCCCAAACUCCACUGUACUGACAUAUCACUACGAGUGCUUCUCCAGCUUCUGCUCUGGGCAAGCAGCUAAGAAGGAAAACGUACCCUAUGCACAAUCUCUGUGCACUACUCUUCUGACAGUGGCUCACUGAUAGGAAAAAUAAGUUUUCUCUGUAGCAUUUACCAUUUCUCACUUUCCAUGCUGCUUGAUGUAUUUUUUUUUAAUUGAUAUAAUUCACAUGAUGUGCUCCCUCAAGUCCCCCAGACCUGGAAAAGUUACUGUGUUCUUACAUGUUGUAGCACUAUUUUUUUUUGUACUUAUAACUUCAAUUAAAAAAUACUCAAACACUUA